UGUUUUGGACUGUGUUGCUGACUGGAACUAGGACCUGCACGAUUCACUGCAAUACCCAUCAUCCGGUACACCGGACAUAACCUUCUCUCACUGCCGACUCACGAGGUUGCACUCUCGCACAUUCGUCAGCCUAUAUUCCGUGCGGGCUUUAAGAUCCUGAGCGGUUUGGCGCUGAGUCCCAUCCCUUGUCAGAUUCCGAUCGCGGGUUCCUCUUCCGCUGGACCUCUACCAUGUGAUCCGGUCGCAGAUUGUGGCAACUCAACGCUUACUAAUCUCUUCAGAAACCCCUGCCUCCCACUGACGCUUACACAAGGGUGACAACAUCAAGCCUUCCCACUCUUCGCUGAGUCAGGGACCUCGCACGCGUACAUGGCGUCCAGGGACACUACGUUGGGCUUUGGUAUCCGUUCGAUUCAUACUGGGAGCUGAGCGCUGAGCACACAUAGGGCCCGUCAAUAAAAGGGUCGACCCGUUGGGUUAUCCGCCAGUCUUCCUAGACCUUCGCUCAAUCCCCACCCACGUACAACACAAGUGUUAGCAUUCGACCACCAUGGCUCCCAUCAAGAACGGACGCGUCAUAUUCAACGAAAUCCCGACGGGGUAUCCUGUUCCCGGAAAGACCACCGUUUACGACGAGUCCGAAACGAUUGACCUGGACAGCGUUACGCUCAAUGGCGGGAUCUUGGUCAAGAUUUUAGCGCUGGCAGUCGAUCCGUACCUGCGUCGAAAGAUGAUAGAUCCAAAGAUCCCGAGCUUCUUCCCACCUUGGGGUGUCGGCCAAGUGCUUGACAACAAUGGCGUGGGAGUCGUCCUGCGAUCAGAGGACCCUGCUUACAAGGUGGGGUCCCAUGUCAGAGGCCACUUCCCUUUUCAGCAAUAUGUAGUCCUCCACGACCCGUCGCAGGUCGGGACUCACGUGCUUGAAAACAAGGAGAAUCUUCCAUGGUCUGUGCACCUUGGAGUUUUGGGCAUGCCGGGUCGAACUGCGCACCAUGGCUGGUCGGAGUUUUCUCACUUCAAGAAGGGCGACGUCGUCUUCGUCACCGCAGCGUCUGGUCCUGUUGGAGCUACUGUCGUCCAGAUUGCCAAGGCGGAGGGCCUCAAGGUCAUCGCUUCCGCCGGCUCUGACGAGAAGGUGGAAUUUGUCAAGUCUAUCGGGGCUGAUGUCGCCUUCAACUAUAAGACGACGAAGACCCGCGAGGUGCUCGAGAAGGAGGGUUUCAUCAACAUCUACUGGGACAAUGUCGGCGGUGAAUCUCUCGAGGCAGCCCUUGAGUUUGCCGCGCAGAAGGCGCACUUCAUCAUCUGCGGCAACAUCUCCGGCUACAACACGCCAGACCCGUACCACGUCAAGAACCUGCAGCAGCUGGUGUGGCGGGAGAUCACCUUCCACGGUUUCCUCAUCGUAUCCCUCCUCGCCAAGUAUCAAGAAGAGUUCGACCGGACGUUCCCGGCACGUGUUGCGAGCGGGGAGAUCAAGUACAAGGAGUACAUCGUCCGCGGGCUCGAGAAUGCCGGACAAGGGCUCGUCGACGUCCUGACGGGCAAGAACUUUGGUAAGUGUGUGCUCGUUGUAGCAGCUGAGUAAUGCAGGCACUCGUGUUGCUCGACGAUUCUAAAGUGUACGCUAUGAGCACCCGGGUCGCGUGGUCGACAAUGUAUGAUAGCCUCGAAGGCUAGGAGCAAUGAUACAAACCAGACAAUGUGC